AUGGCUAGCCACAAAAAAGCUCUCUCCCUGCUCUUAUCCAUCUUAGUUGUCUCCUUAUGCAGAUCCUCAAACGGUGCAGGCAUUGCCAUCUACUGGGGACAAAACGGUAAUGAAGGCAGCUUGGCAGAUACUUGUAACACAGGAAACUAUCAAUUUGUGAACAUAGCUUUCCUGUCUAGUUUUGGCAACGGCCAACCUCCGGUGCUGAACCUAGCAGGCCAUUGUGACCCUAAUGCCAAUACUUGCACUGGCUUAAGCACUGACAUUACAGCUUGUCAAAAUAAAGGAAUCAAAGUUCUACUUUCCAUUGGAGGUGGUGCUGGCAGCUACUCUCUUUCAUCUGCGGAUGACGCAACGCAACUCGCGAAUUAUCUCUGGAACAACUUCCUCGGUGGUCAGUCCACCACACGUCCGCUCGGCGAUGCCAUCUUAGAUGGCAUCGAUUUUGAUAUCGAGGCAGGUUCGGGGCAGUUCUGGGAUGUUCUUGCUAGGGCACUUAAUGGAUUUAGCCAACAAAGGAAGGUAUACUUAGCUGCAGCUCCACAGUGUCCCUUCCCCGAUGCUAAUCUAGACACUGCAAUCAAAACUGGCUUAUUUGAUUAUGUGUGGGUUCAAUUCUAUAACAAUCCUCCAUGUCAGUACACAAAUGAUGCUAGCGGUCUCUUAAGUGCAUGGAACCAAUGGACCACAGUUCAAUCAAAUCAAAUAUUCUUGGGACUGCCUGCCGCUCCUGAGGCAGCCCCAAGUGGUGGAUUCAUCCCUGCUGAUGUGCUCACUUCUCAGGUUCUUCCAUCUAUCAAGAACUCAGCCAAGUAUGGAGGUGUUAUGCUCUGGAACAAGCAGUAUGAUAAUGGGUAUAGUGCAGCUAUUAAGAGCAGUGUCUAA